AUUUCUAAGCUCAACCCGAUCCUACCAGAUCGAACGUAGUGGUUGUCAAUUAUUUGAUUCCCCGACCAUUUAUAUUAUUACCACUAAAAAUAUUAAUUCUUUAUCCAAAGGCACAGCGAAGCCAUGACGUCAUCCAUCUCUGUUAAAAACUUCAAUAUAAUUACACAAAUACCCUCCUCCCUCUCCACUGAUUCUGCCGUCCUGUGCUGAAAAUGAAGAAGCUGGAGCUGGUGUUCAUCCCCACGCCGCUCAUCGGCCACCUCACCGCCGCCGUCCACCUGGCCCACCUCCUCACAACUCGACACCCUCCUCUCUCAAUCACCAUUCUCAUAAUCAAACUCCCUUUCCCCACCAAAUCCGCCCCUCUAAUCCAAUCCCUCUGUUCCUCCUCUGCUUCCGACCGGAUCCGAUUCAUCACCCUCCCGGAACAACCCAUCCCCGAAGGCACCAAAAGGACCCUCCUCCUCGACCCCCUCGUCCAAUCUCAGAAACUAAACGUUGCCACCGCCGUCGCUGACCUCAUCUCCGCCGCGGACGGAGGACCGGACUCCCCGACACUUGCUGGGUUCGUCGUCGACAUGUUCUGCAUUCCCAUGGUGGAUGUGGCCAACCAAUUUGGAGUCCCUACGUUCGUGUUCUACACUUCCAGCGCUUCCUUUCUAGCCCUCCUCUUCCAUCUCCAAGAGCUCUACGACAAUGAGUUCAAUCACGACAUGGACCGGUUACUAAACUCCGCCACAGAGUUCGCCGUCCUCUGUUUUAGGAAUCCGAUUCCGAGGAAAGUGAUUUCCACCAUGUUUAUAGACAGAGAAGCGACUGAAUGGACGCACGCCCUCACUCGGAGAUACAGAGAAGCAAAUGGGUUUCUAAUCAAUACAUUUUCCGAGCUCGAACUCGACGCGAUUCGCUGGUUCGCUGAACAGAGGCUCCCGCCUGUGUACGCCGUCGGACCCAUUUUAAAUCUGAAUAAAAACCCCCAAAUCGGAGAAAGUGAGGAGGAAAUCAUGAAGUGGCUGGACGAGCAGCCGCCGUCGUCGGUCGUAUUCCUCUGUUUCGGGACUAUGGGGAGCUUCAAUGAAUCUCAGACCAAGGAGAUCGCCGAAGCGUUAGAGCGAACCGGAGUCCGGUUCCUUUGGGCGAUACGGCAGACUCCGCCGGAGAGCGUAUUACCAGAGGGGUUCAUAGAUCGGACGGGUGGGAUCGGAAAAGUGAUAGGGUGGGCCCCGCAGAUGGAGAUAUUGAAGCAUCCGGCGACGGGAGGGUUUGUAUCGCACUGUGGGUGGAACUCGGUGCUGGAGAGUUUGUGGAAUGCGGUGGCGGUGGCGACGUGGCCGAUGUACGCGGAGCAGCAGGUGAAUGCGUUUGAGAUGGUGGUGGAGUUGGGAGUGGCUGUGGAGGUUUCGUUGGAUUACAGUAUGAUGGUGGCGGAGGAGGAGGAGGAGGAGGAGGCUGUUUUGAGGGCGGAGAAGAUUGAGGGCGCCAUUAGAAGGCUGAUGGAGAGGUCGGAUGAGCUUAAAAGGGCAUUAAUGGUUAAGGGUGAGGAAAGCAAGAAGGCGAUGAUGGAGAGUGGAUCUUCUUUUAAUGCACUUAAUCGUUUCAUUGAUGCAAUCAUGCCUAAUCGGUUCGAUCCGAGUGAAUCAGAUCACUGAAGUCGACACACA